AUGGAUCUGAAGAAUAAUAAUACAAAGGUGACAGAAUUUGUUCUCUUGGGCUUCUCUCAGAAUCCCCAAACCCAGUACAUUCUCUUCUCCAUCUUUCUUACCAUCUACAUCACAACCUGGCUUGGGAACCUCACCAUUAUCAUUACUGUGAUUUCCACACCCCACCUCCACACACCUAUGUACUUCCUUUUGGGCAACCUGGCUGUCAUAGACAUCAGUGAUUCCACAGUAACCGCACUCAAAAUGCUGUGGGACCUUUUUUCCCAUACCAAUUCCAUCUCCUACAACUGGUGCAUUACCCAAAUAUUCUUGUUCCAUUUAACUGGUGGUGCAGUGGUCUUCUUCUUAGUUGUUAUGGCUGUUGACAGAUACAUAGCAAUCUACAAACCACUGCAAUAUUUGCUUAUUAUGAACCAAGGAGUUUGCAUAGGAUUGGUGGCAGGAGCUUGGUUAGGUGGCUUUGCUCACUCUAUUGUCCAGGUAGCAUUAAUACUACAGCUACCAUUCUGUGGACCUAAUGUAUUGGACAACUUCUAUUGUGAUGUCCCACAGCUCAUCAAAUUGGCUUGUACAGACACAUAUAUUACAGAGCUGUUGAUGGUUUCUAACAGUGGUCUGCUCCUCACUCUUAUAUUCUGCAUCUUACUUGUAUCAUACAGUGUCAUCCUGAUGAAGAUUAGAAAACAUGUUACAGAAGCGAAGCACAAAGCUCUGUCUACGUGUGCUGCACAGAUCAUAGUCAUGAGCAUGAAUUUUAUUCCAGGAAUGUUCAUUUAUGAUAGACCUUUCCAGGUAUUUCCAGUGGACAAAAUAACCUCAGUCUUGUACACACUUAUCACUCCAAUGCUAAAUCCAGUGAUAUUCACUCUGAGAAAUACAGAAAUGAGAAACACUAUUAGAAAAAGGAUUGGAAAAUGUAUAUCAUCCAGAAUAACUGGAUCAAAAUAA